CUCCUCCCUCCUACGUACUGCCUUCACUAAACAACUAUAUAAGAAUCCCCAACGUGAGUCACCGGCACUUUACUAUCAAGUACUUCAAGAAGAGCUCGCAACAAGAAACAAGAAAACAGGACAUAAUGGUUCCAGAAAUGGAGUGCGGAAUCUGCUACCAAACUUACAACGCCGGUCGGCGGUGUCCUCGACAGCUGAGCUGCAAACACACGUUUUGUGAGAGCUGUCUGUUGACGCUCGCGCAAUCCGCGAAGACUCCCGAACCCCGCAUGCUGUGUCCGCUGUGCCGUCACUCCACGUCGCUGUCAGAUGCGAGAGUCCAAGACAACCUACCCGUAGACAGCGACAUUUUUGAGCGGCUAGUAACUGCGGGCAGCUUGGAGGAAUGUACGGAUGACGAUGAAGGCACCGAGGAACCCCAGCAGGACGCGUCCAGCCCACCGAAAGAGGAUGUUUCACCGCCGCCAAGAUCACGAAAAGGACACCUGAUGAAAUGCAUACGGCGCCUGUGCAAAAAAGUCAACGGGGAUGUGCGGAGAAAUUGUAUGACUGAUGCGGACCUGAGGGACCUGGCAAUGAUGUCCUGCUACAUGAUGUGAAAAGUUGUUGAUUGUCACAACUGUUGUUCUCAGACAUUCCUUAAACCAAAAGAUGAAACCACACAUGCAUGAUUUAAGGGACCAGGUGUAAUCAUUUGAAUCAACUAUUGAAAAACAUACUGCUAAUCUGAAUAAUCGGGGUGGAUGUGGCGCUUUCGAUGUCUGUGGGUGUCAGUGCCCUGCCUCAAGCUUGUGAGUGACACCUGGCAACGGGAGCCUAUAAAUGUCAUGGUGCAUUUUUGAUUGUGUUUGUGCACUGAAGAGGUGGAAUGUCUGUGCCUGCGGGACACAGGAGGACUGUUUGCUGUUGGGUGUGACUUGUUGCCAUAACAGACAUUUAGGGUUGUCCCAGAGCAACCCAUAAACAUAAACAAAACAUGUUAAAAAUGCUGAAAUGAACCACAUUGCCAGUAGAUUAUUCAUCUUUUAGGCCAAUAUAAUUUUUUUUUUGGUGCUGUUUUUGCUGUUACAAAAUCAUGGAAAGAAAGAAAAAUAAUUUUUUAUCCUUUUAAUGAAUUAAGGAUUUUUCCAGUGUUACAUUUGUAUCAAAUGAUAGAGCCUAAAUUAUGUUUGUAUUUUUUUUUUUUUU